AUGAGACAAGAGAUCUUAUAUUUUUACAUAACGCUUUUACGACAUGGGGAAACAACUGAAAAUAAAAACAAAAUAAUUCAAGGCCACUUAGAUACAGAUCUGUCCGAUAAUGGAUUGGAACAAGCAAAAAGUAUGCGAAUAUACAUCACCCAAAUUAAGCCUGAUGUUGUUAUUUCGAGUGAUCUAAAGAGAGCCAGAUUUACGGCUUACGAAAUAGUUGACCCAUCUGUUGUUGAAGUUGAAUCACGACUGCGUGAAAGAAAUUUCGGAUCACUAACUGGUCGAUCAUGGUCUGAGGUUCAGCAGUUCGCAGAAUCGAAUUUCCAAACGGGGCAAGACUGUAACGGUUGGCGUUCUGUCGGUGGAGAGUGUACUCAUGAGUUGGCAAGUCGAACCCAAGACUUCCUUUUAGAUCUGUGUUCCCGAUCCAGGGAUGCGCCACCAAUGGAAGAAAUAAUAUCCAAAUACUUUAGUGAAUUUCUAAAGAAAAAUAAUGCAGACAGGCAUUCAUCGUCAUCUAUUUAUGCAGGCAUGUUCUCCUUGUUAGUCAUGGAGGUUGGAUUCGACAAUUCUUGA